GCUGGCUCCUCUCCGGUCCGCGCGCCCCGCCCGGCAUGCCCCUGUGGCCCCGCGGCCCGCCCGCCUGAGCCGCCGGCGCAUGUGGCCGCGCGCCCGGCCCCGUCCCCUCCGCAGGCGGCCGCCGCCCGGCCCCGGCACGGCCUCGGCGUCCCCGCUGGUCCCCGGCCGGUCCCCCGCGCUGCCGCCCGUCCCCGGCCCCGCCGCUAUGCCGGCGCGCGCUUUGCUCCUGGCCGCGCUGGCCGCGCUGGCGCUGGCCCGAGAGCCCCCGGCGGCGCCGUGUCCCGCGCGCUGCGACGUGUCGCGGUGCCCGAGCCCCCGCUGCCCCGGCGGCUACGUGCCCGACCUCUGCAACUGCUGCCUGGUGUGCGCCGCCAGCGAGGGCGAGCCGUGCGGCCGCCCCCUCGACUCGCCGUGCGGGGAGAGCCUGGAGUGCGCGCGCGGCGUGUGCCGCUGCCGCUGGGAGCACGCUGUGUGCGGCACCGACGGGCACACCUACGCCAACGUGUGCGCGCUGCAGGCGGCCAGCCGGCGCGCGCUGGAGCUCUCGGGGACACCCGUGCGCCAGCUGCAGAAGGGCGCCUGCCCAUCGGGUCUCCACCAGCUGACCAGCCCGCGGUACAAGUUCAACUUCAUCGCGGAUGUGGUGGAGAAGAUCGCGCCGGCCGUGGUCCACAUAGAGCUCUUCCUGAGACACCCUCUGUUUGGUCGCAACGUGCCCCUGUCCAGCGGCUCAGGCUUCAUCAUGUCGGAGGCCGGCUUGAUCAUCACCAACGCCCACGUGGUGUCCAGCACCAACACCAUCUCCGGCCGGCAACAGCUCAAGGUGCAGCUGCAGAACGGUGACAGCCACGAGGCCACCAUCAAGGACAUCGACAAGAAGUCGGACAUCGCCACCAUCAAGAUCCACCCCAAAAAAAAGCUGCCGGCCCUGCUACUGGGCCGCUCGGCAGACCUGCGGCCCGGCGAGUUCGUGGUGGCCAUCGGCAGCCCCUUUGCCCUGCAGAACACCGUGACCACGGGCAUCGUCAGCACGGCCCAGCGAGACGGCAAGGAGCUGGGCCUCCGGGACUCGGACAUGGACUACAUCCAGACGGAUGCCAUAAUCAACUACGGGAACUCCGGGGGACCACUGGUGAACCUGGACGGCGAGGUCAUUGGCAUCAACACGCUCAAGGUAGCAGCCGGCAUCUCCUUCGCCAUCCCCUCGGACCGCAUCACACGCUUCCUCGCAGAGUUCCAGGACAAGCAUGUCAAAGACUGGAAGAAGCGAUUCAUUGGCAUACGGAUGCGGACCAUCACACCGAGUUUGGUAGAAGAACUAAAGGCCAGCAACCCAGACUUCCCGUCGGUCAGCAGUGGGAUUUAUGUGCAAGAGGUUGUUCCAAACUCACCUUCUCAGAGAGGGGGCAUUCAAGAUGGCGACAUCAUCGUCAAGGUCAACGGGCGCCCUCUGGUAGACUCGAGCGAGCUGCAGGAGGCCAUCCUGACGGAGUCCCCUCUGCUGCUGGAGGUGCGGCGGGGGAAUGAUGACCUCCUGUUCAGCAUCGCGCCCGAGGUGGUCCUGUGAGCAUGGGGCCCCCCCCCACGUCGCCACGUCCCAGAGCCUGCAGCCCGGGACAGGUGCCGGCCGAGAGGUCCCGUCCAGAGCUGUUGCCGCACACAGGGUCAGGACGAAGGACCAUGAACGGUCCUCAGCAGGGCCGGUGGCCUCCUCCUGGCCAUCCAGGGGCAGAGACACAGGCAGGGCUUGGCCAGGGACCCGCUUCAGCCUUCGGGAAGGUUGACACUCCAACAUCACUGUGCCACAGGGGCAGCCGGUGUCCCCUUCGUACAGAUGCUCCCGACGGCCACCUUCCAAGUGCC